CUUUGCCGGCGUUAAUAAUUUAUAACAAACAUAGAAUUUACGAACGGCACGAAAUAAGACACACCGAACCAUCUUACGAAGUGCCUUGAAUUUCAUCAUCGAAAAGAGCAACAACUGAUUCAUUGUAUUUUUUGAUAAAACGGUACGUCCAGGCCCAGAAAUAAAUUUUCGACUGCCUUUAUUAUGUGUUGAAGUCAGAUUUUUACUCUUGGACAAAAUGCAUUCCUCUUCACUUAUUUAUAGUAUUGGAAAAACUGUAAGCGGUGCCUUAGUAAUAAAAGAAGCGCAAUCACAGUCAGCAAUACACCAAGAGCCUCCAGAGCUCCAGGUUCUAAGAGAAAAAUGCAAGGAUGACAACUACGUUACAAGCUAUUCAGCCAGCCAGGGUAUUGUCAAAUUGGUCCAGGCUGGACGGUUGCCUGUGCCGAAGGCACUGUCAACAUUGACAGCUUUAUUACCCAGCGUGAAAGUGCAUGGCAGUAUUAUCAGUGCUGUCGGAGAGCUGAUGGUCCUGGACCUGAAGCUCCGCCUGCAGAUUGGGCCUGCGUACAAGAACCCUUUCAAUUUGCACUCCCCUCAGCACCCUUUGUUGACGAUCCUCAAGAGAUAUCCAAAUUGCAGUGAUGAGAUCGUUAAUCAGAUAUCCAGUAUUUGCAAUCACCAAGACAAAGAGGUCCGAUUCUACGGCGCGGAUUUGCUAAGACCUGUUGUCCUUUGCAUGAUGUGUGACCCGAUCGCCACGGCUGACAAUCCGCCUGCCUACCUCCAACCACUUUGGAACAUAUUGCUAGGUCUGGAGGACAAAACACUGCUCUCGGAGUGUCUGCCUUGGCUGCAGGUCCAGUCACUCACUAACCAAACUUUAUUCUUCCAAGCGGCAGUCAUGUCAACUUUGAAUGGACUCUCCUCUGAUUAUUUAGCCAUCGCCAUGGCCAGCAUAGCUUUCAAUAUGACGUCAGAGGGGAGAAACCCGCAGCCAGCUCUGGUGGCUCUCACUCCUCUCCUGGAAAAUUGCAGUGUCUUUCUUGGCUCUUGUCUCGUGAUUGUAUUGUCUCACGCCAUCGCCAUUGCUCCACCAAACUACCUACAACCCUUGCUGUCAAAAUGCCAAAUCAUCAUUGAAAAAAACAAGUGCUGUGCCUUUGCUGGUCAAGUUUUCACAGCUUCAGUCCUUCCAUUGAUGGCCUGUCCUUCCCUGCUGAUCACUGAGCCCCUGCACACAGUGAACGCCAUUCUAGAAAACCUCAAAUCGGUCAAGGUCAAGGCUGAACCUGCCCCCAUGAGCUCGCAUGCGUUCCACUUAGGCCACCUUGCUGUUCAAGCGUACAUUCUAGGAGCAGACUGGAAUAUGGAGAGUCUGUUGCAAUGGUUGAACGUGGUGAAGAAGGCUCCGCUCAAAUUCCAGUUAGACCAAUCUUUUGUACUUGGUGCUUUUUUGAUCGCGGCUGAAAAUUCGACUCCUGCGCUGCCGGUAUGCCUGGAAAUCUUGGUCGAGCUUGCGAGAAGCAAGGUGGAACUUGUUGCAUCAGUACUCACCUGGAUCUUGACCCGACUGAGCCAGGAGAAAAGACCUGAGAGCCAGCUGGCGUUGCUGAAAGCCCUGCCUCGCCUUGGGAAACAAAAGGAAAAUGUUUCUCUAAUAAUCAACACGCUAGAGAGUCUGAAAUCAGAAACUUCCCUGAUGCCGUUAGUUCUCAAUCUGUACCUGAUCAUGUGGAAACUGGAGCCGCGUAUCUUUCCCUACCUGCACAAGUUGAUUCUGAUAGAAUCUGUGGGAAAGCCUGAACUGCAAAAUCAUUGGGACAUCACCAGAGCCCACACGAUCAAGGAAAUUUGCCUGAUUAGGCCUAGCCAGCACGGUAAAGACUUGGUCGGCACUCUGUCUGGAAUUUUGAACCGAUGCACUGGGGACUCUGGCGCCACAGCUUGUUCUUUGGCGCUGGAAGCCAUCAGCGCUCUCUGCGGUGCCACUGUAAUCGACAUCGCCUCCACUUGGAAAGUUUUGGCGCCUAGACUCGCUCCAGACAUGCGAAAACCAGUCGUUAAAAAUUUGUGUGCUGUCUUGGGUUUGAUGAGUGAGCUUCCGUCCAGUCAUGCAGAGCAGUCAAAGUUGUGCACAGACGUCCAAACAAGGCUUUGGUACUACUCAGCCUGCGGGCUCAGCACUGAAGUUUCCGCAGCCGCUUUCAAGGCGUUGUCUAAAUUCACCCUGGAAGAGCUGUACCUUGCAGUGGUGCCUGCCGCUUUCAAGAAAAACCUGCCUUACCCACCAGAAUUCAACAAAAGCUCGGCAGACUCGUCGAAGAAGCCAGAAGAUGUGUUGAAUUUUAUUCCAGGCGUUUGCUGGCCCCAAGUGCUGGCUGUACUUCCCAACUCAACUCACUUGGUGGCAAAAUUGUUGCGCGACGAGAUAACAUCACUGCGUGGUGCUCUGCAACACAUGCCCGGAAAAGCUGAGCCAGACCUUCCGCGCCUCAACGUCUACAGCGUCUUCCUGGGGUUGCUGAGUUGUUUGCGGAAAGCCGCGCCAGAAGAGCAGGUUGUGACCAACAUCCUCCAAGUGCUGGCCGAACCGAUGCCGAAGCAAUAUCCACCAUGCAAUUGGGCUUUUCUGUUGAAAUUGGUCGACCAAAGAGCCAAACUGCUUGUGUCUAGUUUGAAGGUUGCGGCAAGUCAGGCCCACGUGUCACCAUCUGCCCUGGAAGUCACUGAGACUCUGCUGAAACAGGCAGCUGCUAUGAACCUAGAGAUUGAAGAAACAGUCGACCUCUUCUCAAUUUUGGUAACGCUAGGCAAGACUGUUGAGCCAAACUUAUUGGGGAAUUUUGUUGAGGCCCACCUGCGGUCAGCAAUUGAAUUUGGACUAGCAAAUGAAGCUCAACUUGAAACAUUGCACAAAAUCUUUCGUCACAUCAAGUGCACGCUUAUGAAUGAUGACGUGAAAGAAAUCAAUCAGAAGCUGCUGGCCCUCACCUUGGAGGAUCUCAUGAGUGAGCUUAGCUGGAAGCAUGAUAAAGUUUUCGUACCAUACAAUGAGUGCGUCAGUCAGAUGCAUGCGAAAUUUUUGAAUGAAAUGACUAAGCCAACGAGCAUGCAAAACAGCAACGCAAGGGAAAAUGCCAUUGCCAUCAGGACCUGGAUUGCUGCGAAUUCCGAGGAGACCGCGCUUAACUGGGUCAACGAUUGCAUUGAAGCAUGCGCCAGCAGGCCAGAUGAGCACAGAUUCCUGUUUCAACGCCUGAUGCCUGCACUGGUACACAACAGGAAGAUUGCUGAGGUUACAAGAGAUUGGCUGCUCCAACUGAUGAACCAGACUCAGGCCUCAUUGAUGUCCCAGAAGAAUGACCGCAGCUUGUACCUGUUUGACGUUUGGAGUGUCGCAGUGCUCACCCUGUCUGGCCAUGUUGCUUAUGGUGACGUCGUACAAUUCAGGGAAACGAGGCUUGACCUUUUGCCCCAAGCAACUCUUGCCUUCGUGCAGGAUCCAAACUUUACAGGACUUUGCCUUCAGAUAGUGGAGUGGCUCUACAGAGUUAUUCAGUCUGAAAAGCUUCCCUCGACAGUGAGUGCUUUGUGUUUCAAGAUUCUGCAGACUCUCCGUCACGAAGACUGCAUGAAGAAACCUGGCGUUUGGACGAAAAUUGUGAGCCUUUAUUUUUAAUUAAAGAGAAAGCCAUAGUCUAUUGAAUCAA